AGGCUAACUAACUCAUCACUGGGAACUGUGAACAAGGCUCGUAGUCCGCUUGGUUGCAUCACUGGCCGAGCGGCGGCAAGUGUGUGCUGAGGAGCAGACGACGCGGCGGCUCAGUGUGUCGUAGCCCGGGUGUCGCCCGCCCCUGGACCAUCCCGCGGACCCUGACCCACGACACCCAGCCCGGUGAUGGUCAAGGCGGCGUGACGCAGAUAAGGGGGCAGGUGAGCACUGAUUCAUUGGGUAACACCUUGCACCCCCUUAAUGAUAGCUAGGAGCCUCCCCACCCGCCGGGUCGGCACCUGUAACCACUGGCCCAGGCGCCCCUCAUGCCGCCCGAUAACGUGUGUGUGUCUCGCCACGGCCCACGGCAUGCAAGGCAGCCUCGCCAACUGAUCCCUGACAUUUAUGAAACCACAUAAUCAUUUAGUGCCCACCAGUCCCCAGUCUUCCAGUUCCCAUCACCACCACCACCCAUCACAACCACCAGUCCAAAAGUUCCCAUCACCAGUCCACAAGUUCCUAUCACCAUCAGUACCCAUCACCAAUCUAAAAGUUCCCAUCACCACCAGUGCCCAUCACCAGUUCACCUCCCCAUCACUACCUGCCUCAUUACGAGUCUUCCCCAUCUCUUCUCUUUCUACACCAUUUCCUCGUUCCUUCAUUUCUUUCUUCUGCACUCUUUCCGUUUUUCACUUCGUUUCUUUCCUCUCUUUUUUUUCUUUCUUCGUCUCUCUUUCCUUAAUUCAUUCAUAACUGCCUCCCUCCCUCCCUUUCUUCCUCUCUUAUUUCAUUCCUUCCUUUUCUCCUUUCCUCCUCUCUCUCUUUCUUUUCUUUUAAUUUUUUUCUUACCCUCUUUAUUUUAUUUCUCUUUCCCUGCCUCCUAUUUUUUUCUUCUUUCUUUAAUCCCUCCUUUCAUUCCUUUCUUUCGUCCUUCCUUUCUCCCUUUUUUUCUUUCCCUCUUUUCUUUUUCUCUUCCUUCAUUCAUCCUUCCCUCUCUCCCUUCAUUCAUCCUUCCCACUCUCCCUCCCACCCUCCUGGCCCGCACCCUAACACACCACCAUGGACACCUGGCUAAGGACGUGCCUGCUGCUCUGCCUGUACGGGUUCUUCAAGGAGCUGCGUCCCUCCGAGCCCUUCCUCACCGAGUACCUGCUGCAGCCGCCGAUGAACCUCACCAAUGACGAGGUAAACUACCAGGUGUACCCCGUAUGGACCUACUCCUACCUGUCCCUCCUGGUGGUGGUGUUCCUGCUCACGGAUCUCCUCAGGUACAAGCCCGUCAUCGUGUUUGAGGGCAUCGCCUACAUCGCCACCUGGUCCCUGCUGCUGUGGGCGCGGGGCGUGACGGCCAUGCAGCUGAUGGAGUUCACGUACGGCAUCGCCACGUCCACGGAGGUCGCCUACUACACCUACAUCUACGCCAAGGUGGCCGGCAAGUUCUACCAGCGCGUCACCAGCUUCACCCGCGCCGCCCUGCUCGCGGGACGCUUCCUAUCAGGCGUGCUGAGCCAGGUCAUGCCACAUAUCAGUCUGAAGCUGCACUUCACCAUGUCAGGUUCUAGAGAUGUUAUAGAGUUCGAGGCUGAGGGUUUUCUUCUGUGGUAG